AGCAUCAACUUGCCUAACAAAUCACAAGAUAAUGAGCGUUGUAGUGACCAAGUCCUCGCCGGCGGUGGUCGCCGGCCCUUUCGACGCCGGCAUCGUCCAUCUCUCCUCGUUCGACAGGUGCAUGGGCCCUACUGAGGUCACGCUGCUCCUCGUCUUCGACCAACCAAUCGACCAACCCGUCAAGACCAUCAAAAACGCCCUGUCGCAGGCGCUGGCGCACUAUCCCCCGAUGGCCGGCCGCCUCGCCGCCACCGGCGGCGACGGGGAGCUCCACAUCGCGUGCACCGGCGAGGGCGUGUCCUUCGUGGGCGCGUCAGCUAGCUGUGCCCUGGACGACGACGAUGUCACGAGAUCGGCGCUGCUCCACGGCGACCUCGCCGUCGGCUACCCCGCCGAAUACUGCAGCCUCAUCGACCCCUUGCUGCUGAUGCAGGUGACCGAGUUCUCCUGCGGCGGGUUCGCCGUGGGCGUGACGUGGAACCACGUCAUAGCCGACGCGGCGGGGAUGGCGCAGUUCCUGCAGGCCGUCGGCGAGCUCGCCCGGGGCGUGCCGCAGCUGGCCGUCGUUCCGGUCAGGUGUGAAGUCCAAGGCUCGCUGCCUUGCCUCCCGCCGCCGCUGGUGGCCGCCAUGAGGUCUCAUAUGCGCGUAGAAACCGAGGAACUGGCCACCUUGGACGUCACCAUCCCCACGAGCUUGAUCAACCGCAUAAAAUUCGAGUGUGGCGGCGACUGCACGACGUUCGAAGCCGUCGCCGCGGUGCUCUGGCGGUGCCGCACCCGCGCGGUCAUCUCCGACGGUGACCACGACGCCUCCGUGCCCCUCGCCUUCCCGAGCAACGUGCGAGAACUCGUCGGCGCCAGGGAAGGCUACUACGGCAACUGCAUCACCAUGCAGCUGGUCCAGGCGACAAGCGGCACGGUGGCGGGCGGCGAAAUCAAGGACCUGGUGAGGCUGAUCAAGCUCGCCAAAGAGAAGGUACCAGACAUAUUCCAAAAUAGCGGCGCCGACGGUGAGACCGGCUCCGGUGGUGAUAGAGAUCAGCAGCAGCUGGCGCCCCCGAGGUACAACACGCUUGGAGUAUCGAGCUGGAGGAACCUAGGAUUCGAAGCGGUGGAUUUUGGGCGUGGGAGUCCGGCGCGCGUGAUGUGGAAGGCGCACCCGACGGUGGGGCUCGUCUGCGUUCUGUGCCCGCCGUGCAAGGGGGAGCACGGCGUCACCGUCGUGUCCCGCUGCGUCAAGCCGAAGCAUGCCGACGCCUUCGUAGCGGAGUUGGCCGCCCUCGACGUAUAAUGCGAAUUGCGGAGUGCAUUUACAGUUCUCAGCUUUUCACAUUUCAAAUCUCAAUGUGAACCCAAAAUGGACUAAUCAAUUGGUCCGGCGCCCUUUCUCAUAUAUUUCAAAUUUCUUGUGGUAACGACUGAAGUUUUCUUU